ACUUAAAUGUCGUGAAUUAUGACUGAAGGUGACCAGGAAAGCGCCAUAAAAUAUUUGCGUUUCGUCUUAGAUAACUGUAACGAAAAUAAUGUGUUCCUAGUUUUCGAUCAGGUACAUAAUUCACUCCGGUCCUUAUUGCUUAGGAAAAAGAAAUUAAAAAAUGAUGAAGUCGAGUCCAUAUAUAGAACAUAUAGUCAUCUGUUCGAAAUUUCUGCUAACGUUGAUAGAUCCAAAGCCUGUGUUGAAUUCCUGGACGACAUGAGUACUGUUUUGUACCUGAUCACAACUGAAAAUCCUGACUCACUAAAAACCUUGUUUUCGUCUAUUAGAUACAAUGAAGUAAUGUCAGUUACUGCACCAGAAUGUCUGCCGAUCAUCAGCCACAUCUGCUCCUUCUUAUUAGAUUUGAGCGAAUAUUCCAAGAAUCGCAAUGUAUGCUGCAAUUCACUUAGUACUUUGUCGCUUAUCGCCCUCCCUGUAAAUGCUUUUCAUGCGGUGAAUGAUGACGCUGAUGAUAUACUCAAAGGUCAUCUCGCCAAUUCGUUAAAGAGCUUCUUACCAGGAUUUUCCCAAUCAUUCUACAGAAUUAUAACCGCCAAUCAUAAGGUGUGGUCAAGUAUAAGAGUGGCUGCAUUCAAUGCUUGGUCUUCCAUACUAAUUUCUGUUUUUCAAAACGAACCUGGUUCUAAUAACGUGCAAAAGACAAAGUCUACAAAAGAGUGCGGACAUUUUACUUCCGAGUGGUUCAAAACAACUCAAUCUCACAUAACGUCUUUGGUCUCAAAAACUAUUGAUAGUGUAAUUCACACUCAGCUGGAGCUAGAUGUAGACAGAAAUGUACGACUAUCUGCUGCGUUUACACACUGGCUGGGUGUAUUACUACUAAAAUGUCAUUCACUGAUCAAUACUAGAGAAAGUCAGCACCUUAGAUACACUGUAGUUUCUGGUCUGCUGAUGUUAGCUUCACAGUCAUCUUUAAGAAAUCCGAUAUCAAACCAAAGUUCUCUCAAAGAAAGUAGUCUUCUGGCCCAAAAGUUAUUGAGUGAUUUCACCACAAUUCAUGAAGGGGAUGUGAACUCUCUUGUAGUUCCUAAAUCACUUACCAAUCUUUUCGGUCAUGAAUUAAUAAGAAAGACUGCUUUUGAUUCUUUAACAGAACAAGUAAACUUUCUUUUGAGUCAACUACUCAGUCUCCUAGAUGAAUCACAACUACAGAAGCGUUUAAGAACAAUCCUUGGCCACUUAAAUGUUCUGGAUCCUGAGGAUAUUUGUACUUUUGUUCAUUCAUCUGAAACUUUUCAUCGCUUUUGUUCUGCUUUGGCCAAAUUUUUGAACUUCAAUUUUAGUUCUGUUGAGUUGCAAGAAUUAAUCUAUUUGUUGCCACUCAAUUACGAUCAUAAUUCUGUUCAUUGUAUUCUCGCAAACUCUAUACUACCGUGUAAUUUAUUCCGGAAGUCAUUUCAGUAUUUUCGUGAUCAUUCAACGUUGAUGCUAAUUCAGGGUAUUGCUGGAAAAAUAGCAUCUCAAAGAGAAACAAUUGACUUAUUUUUGGAUACAUGUCGAGAUAUUAUGGUUGAAAGUGAUAAUUGUCUACGUAAUUCAUGUCUUCUACUUAUCAUUGGCGCGAUUGCUGGUUAUAUCUCUCGCGAUAAAAUACCAUGGAGUGAACGUGAAAACCUUUGUUUAAGCCUUAUGAGUUUAUACUUUGAUCGAGACAUAUUAACAUUACCUACGCGUCAAUCUAAGUGUGUGAACAGCACUAGUGACAUUAUUAUCACCAACGGUAAUAAUGAUAUGGAUUAUUCGACAUCGCUAGUUCAUUUAUCAAAUGAUAAAAUACCUACCAAUCAUCUGUCUAAUGUAAGCACAUAUAAAUCAUGGCCACCUGUAAAUUCUAAUGAGAAUCCUGCAAAAUCUGAAAUAAAUCAACUUGGAGAUGUGAAAAUGAAUUCAAUUACAAUCUGUUUAUUACUAGAAAUGUUUUGUACUGUUUCACAGUUGAAUACAUUAACAGUUAAUAAUGACGUUGAAAAAGUUCAUACUGAUCAACAUUUCACUGAAUGCUUACGUAUUGGUUUACUUCCAACUAUAUCAUUUGCUUCACGUUCUGAUUUAAUCGGUCAAACUGCACGAGUUUGUUUAGAUCAAGUAGCUAAGAAUUGUAAAUAUUCAAGCGUAAGCGAACUGAUUACAAUUAAUGCUGACUACUUGGUUUCCAGUAUAACUCUAGAUUUACAUCGCGUUAACUUAUUGACUAUGACAAAUUCAUCAAAUGGUAACAAUGCAAUUUCUCUGUCGAGUGAAGUAGAACAAAGCUUGUUAUCAGCUUGUAAUGCUACAAACACUUUGUUUGAAUACUGCACAAUCAAUGUACUGCCAGUUUUAAAACCGAUGGUUACAAAAAUGCUUUCAUCAUUAGAUGUUACAUAUGAAUAUACAACGGAACUUUUCCUUACACCAUUUUAUCAAUUAAUGCAAACAUGUCGUAAAUGGAAUGAAUUAUUGACAAGAAACAACAAGUCUUCAGACCGAGCAACUGAUUCAUCUUCAAUGGUUGGAUCAAUAACUAAUCAACAGAAAAUGACGAAUUAUUCAGAAUGCAGCAAAUCACGUCUUACUGAUUUAUAUCAAAAAACAAUCAGUCUUGUAUCCGAGACACGUUCACUUCAUCACAUUGAACCGAUUAAUCAAACUAAUGGAGCCAAUUAUACUGAUACCUUAAAUCAACCAGAGAAAAUUAAGAUGGAUCCUGUGAAUGAUGAUAUGGAUAACGAUGAAAAUCAUACGUUUCCCGAUCAUUUACAAAUAGUUGAAGAAGUCAUGUUACGAUGUAUACAUUUAAUGGCUGAUGGAAAUCCUAAACUGCGUAUACUUUCUAUGAAUGUUUUAAAAGAAGGUUGUUUGACGUUAGAAAAUGAAACCAAUUUAUUAUUACCGAUUGUUCACAAAAUAUGGACGUCUUUAAUGAAACGAUUUCAUGAUAAUCAUGCUAUAGUUGUUGAAAAAGCAUUCGACCUCUUGACUGUGUUGUCUAAAGUUGCUGGAAACUUUAUUCGACAACGUGCAUCGUCAGAGAUAAUUCCUCCUUUGGUGUUAUUUUUAACACGUGGUGCUACUGUAAGUGCGUCGGCAUCAAAGUCUUACAAAUACCUUACAUCUUAUCGUGUACAAAAACGAUUACUUAAAGAGAUCGGACCUCUUUGUAUACAAAUGGGAUUAUUAUCACAAUCACUCAGACCUGUGAUCAAUGUACUUGUCAUGUAUUUAGAUAAUUCACAACCGGAAGGACUACAACAGAAGAUGUGACUAGAUUUCUAUUAAACUGUCAUACCUUCGUCACUUUCUACGAAGAUAUCAGUCGUAGUUGAUCAACUGUACUAGAAAACACACCAAUUUUUCAGGUCAAAUGAAAUAUAUAUCAAUCUUAAGAAUUAUUCAACUGGUAUUACGAAUCAUUGACAAGAUUUUACUGAAUAUCAUCAUCAUAAUCAUCCAUAGUCAUUCUCCAUUCCGUGUUUAAAAAAGUAAUUCCUAGAGCACUCUGAGCUUCCUUUCUGUAACUUCAUAACUACACUAGAAUUUUAUAAAUAGGUUAUACAUGUAUAACCAAUGAAAGUAAAAUUUAAUUGGGCGAUAAGCGAAAAAAGCAGAUGUUCAGCUAUGUGAAAUGUAUAAGCCAGUAUAUCUUAUUGUAAACUCCCUCUACUACUGAUUUGAUUGUGCUGUACACUGAAUCCCACACUGUGUUAAUGAACAAUUUUCUGUCUCUAUGAUCUAGCUCUCACUUGUUAGUCGAAUGUUGUGUGUGUGCGUACUAUGGGGUUAUCUAGUAUCUUAAUCUAGUGUAUCUGGUUGUAGUAUUCAGUUGAAUGUCAUCAUAUUUCAUAACAGAGGUUAUAUGUAUUAGUAUUUUCCUCAUUAUAACAUUACUUUUGGUCAUUCUUUCGAAGAAAUUAAAAAUGGGUUAAAUGUUUUCAGGAGAUGUCAGUUAUUUACUAUUGUGUUUCUCGUGAGAUUUAGGAUAUACCUAAAUAUGUGAAUAACUAGUAAUUCUCUGUUUCUCAAUUGAUAAAUUAUCCAGUCUACAACCAAUCCAAUUCACAGUCAAGUAAGGUUUUCCAACAGAAUAUUGGUUAUGCGUUUUGAAUGAUUAUCUGUUUUGAAUAUAGACUUUGCCUUGAAUUAACAUCAGUUGAGAAACUAGGGAAUAUUAGACAACGGUUUUCGAACGUCUCAAAGCAAUGUCCACCCACAAACCUAUGUAGUAUUAUAUUAAAAACCUUCAAAUUUUGUAGUGAUCAUUAUGCUCCAUUAAUCACUGAGUUAAAAUCUAGCGAUCCACAUUUUCAAUUCACAGUCUGUUGUAAAGUUCAUUGAAACAAUGCACUCAUUUUCGAGUCAAGUUAGAUGACGAUCUUAACUUCUCGGAAUAUUUAUAUAUGAGUACUUAGAAAUAAAUAGAUUUUUCUACUAUGAAUGGUAAUUGGGUUAAGUUAAAGUUUACAUUCAAGAUGAUAAAAUUAGUCAUAACACUUAACUGUUAGUACUGACGAAUCCGAAAAAUGACCCAUUCAGUAUGUUCUGAUAAGUAAAAUAUGCAUUAACCUAUAAAACAGUAACAAGUUCACAUAUUAAUCAAAGAACCAAAAGGAAAAAUCUGUCAGUAAAAUCUUAGUUAUUGAUUAGUAAUAUAGUUACCAUACACAAACCUCACAUAUAGUGCAACAAUUAUCCCAUAUCAUCGCUGGUUAUUAUAAGGAUCCAUCUUGAUGUUAGUCGCUAGUCAGUACUUCUUUAUAAAAUUGGAUGUAUUUUUUUACUGUAACCUUAUAUUUUCAGCUGUAGUUACAUGUUUUGCACGUUUUAACUAAGUUACUCAGGUCUCUUGACAACUUUUUAAAAAGAAAAAAAGGACUACUUAUAAUAUGUAGUCUACUAUUAUUUAUUAUCAUGGUUUAAUUCGAAGCAUUGUUUACAGGUAGUGGGAUCACCAGCUGUGUAAUGCUCAGUUUAGACGUAGAGUACUAGGUAGUAACAGAAAGUGAACUGGUAAAACUAUGAACUGUCAUUGACUUGAAAUCAAGGAUUAAUUACAUUACAUGAACUCACUUGUCUUUUUUUGUCUGACCCACGUUAGAAGUUACAAACUUUCUUACUGUAAGCCUAUACAAUAAAUUUUUACUAAAAUGUGAUGAAAUUCUUUUCAAUCGCACCUAUUUUCUACCGUCUCAAUUUUCAGUUAAGUAUUAUUACCUAU